AUGGUAGCCUCACAACCCAGCCACCUGGACACUCCCAAAGGUCCAUCUUCGACAGGAGAAUUGAAAGAUGGACCUGGAUCGCCUCAGAAAAAUUCGAUAUCGCAAUCGGAACAGGUUCCAGUCGUGAUUGCCGAGCCACCGUAUACUGUCUUUACGACCCCGCACAAGAUAUUCAUCUCCUUAGUUGCCUCAUUUUCAGGAAUGUUUUCAACUCUCUGCAGCUACAUAUACUAUCCUGCUAUCGUUUCCAUUUCUCGAGAUCUUGAAAGCUCUGUCCGUCUCAUCAACCUUACUGUUACCUCAUAUUUCGUGAUUGCGGCUGUGGCUCCAGCAUUCAUGGGUGACCUAGCAGAUCGGCUCGGCAGGCGUCCUAUUUAUAUUCUCAUGUUUAGCUUCUUCAUCGGUGCCAAUAUCAGCAUCGCCUUGGUCCAGAACUUUCCGGGCCUGCUAGUCCUACGCAUGCUACAAAGCGCUGGAUCUUCAGGUAAGUCACUGUCUCCGAGCCAAGGUACAUAUUACUGAUAAUCGCUGGAGGCCUGCUUGCGGUUUGCUACGGCGUUAUUGCUGAUAUCACCACGCCUGAGAAUAGAGGUGGUUAUGUGGGGAUGUUCGAUUUGCUGUGAGUACUCAAGGACCCGUACAAACUGAUAUUCAAGUGCUGAGAGGGCUAUAGAAUAAAUUUUGCCGUGAGCGUCGGCCCAGUUAUUGGCGGCUUGAUAACACAGUAUCUCUCCUGGAGAUGGAUUUUCUACUUCUUGUUGAUACUCACCUCAUCUCAAUUCCUGCUGAUGAUUUUAGUUUUUCCAGAGACUCAGCGGAAAAUAGUAGGAAAUGGUUCAGCCCGCGUUUCGGGAGUGUACUGGUCUCUUUUUACUUGGUUCCAACGGGGAAUCACUAGAACCGACCCGCCAGAGCGAAAGGCCAGCAAGUCCCAAUGGCUCCCCAACCCGUUUGCUUGCUUGAAAAUCUUCGCCAACAUUGAAUCUACGAUGGUUAUCUUAUUAUACUCUCUCACAUAUAAUGUGAAAAUGAGCACGCAGGCAUCGUUAGGAUCGCAGUGUGUUGAUAUUUAUGGCUUAGAUUACUUGACGGCCGGCCUAGUAUAUCUACCUUCGGGUGUCGGUGGCGUCUUUGCUUCGUUUGCUACGGGUUUGUUGGCAUCUCAUCUAGUUCAUAUUGUGACUCUACUUACGUCUAAUAGGCAAAUAUCUCGACAGAGUAUAUUUGAAAGAUGCUAAGAGCUUCUAUGGGACAGACAACAUCCCGGGACGACACGACUACCCGCCAGAAUUUCCAAUUGAGAAAAUAAGACUGCAUGGCGUUUUCCUUUUUAUUGGAGGUGCAGUGUUGUCAACUGUUGGGUACGGCCUGGCAUUAAUGACUCAAGCUGUAAGUACUGUUGUCAUCUUUGCAACUCUAGUAAUCCUUUGGGUCUGCAACCGGAAGCAGUUGCUGAUUAUGGAUGACUUAUCUAUAGCAUGUUUCCGUUAUGAUUUUAAUGCAAUUCUUCAUUGGAGUCUCUACAUCAUGCAUAUUCACGGUAGCUCAUGUCAAAUACCCUUUAUGUAGUCAAACGACCUCUAACUCUUCACAUUCUCUCAAGCAAUCCGCUACCCUACUUACGGAUUUAAACAAAGAUCGUUCGGCAACUGCUCAAGGUGCCAACAGUCUGGUCCGCUGCCUACUUGCGGCAGCUGGGGUCGCAGCGCUGGAGCCUCUGGCUGA